AUGAGUAACUUCACCUCAAACAAUCUUCAUGCGUCAAAUCAAGACCUCACCUCUAGCCAAGAAAACGUCUCAAAUAUCACGCAGAGGCAUAAGCGUAAACAACCCGACUGUGAAUUGUUGGCGGCUAUUACGGCUAUGCAAACAACUCUGCAGGACCUGCGCGUAGACCUAGGUAACAAGAUUGACAGUGUUACUACUAAUAUCUUAACCGUCAAGAAUGACCUUGAAAGUUACCAAGCCGCUAUGAAAAAAGACUUUGACCAUCUGCGUGGGGAACAAACACAGGUGAAAAAGGAUCUCGAAGACCUCACCACCGAGGUCAGAGACUUGAAAAGGAGCAACCAAUUUAUCUCAGACCAACACGACCAGAUUAAUAAAAGCGUCACCGAGUGGUCCAGAAAAACAACAAAUUGCGCACAACAUGAAAACUCCAUAACUUCGUUAGAAUUAAAAAUAGACGGCUUGGAGCAGCAGGCCAGGCAAUGCAACAUAGAAAUUCAGAACGUACCAGAAAAAAAGGGCGAAAACCUAAUUAAUCUAGUAAUUAAUUUAGGUGAGAAAAUAGGAUGCACAAUUCAUCGCAAUGACAUUGUGGGUGUGCACCGUGUCCGGCCCGCAACAAUAAACAGCAAGCCGAAGCACAUCGUCGUCAAGUUCGGGUCGCGCGUGCUGCGAGACAAUGUCCUGACCGCGAGCCGCGCCAACAGAGGCUUGACCUCUGCGGACCUGGGCAUUUCUGGUACACAACACAAGCUGUAUAUAAACGAACACCUUACCCUGCGAAGGAAGCAACUUUUUCGUGCGGCCCGUGAGGCUGCAAAACAAGCAAAUUACAAGCAUAAAUGGGUCUCUAACGGUACAAUACUUGUCCGCGCUUCGGACACCUCGCACACUAUUGCUAUUCACACGGAAAAGGAUAUCGAAAAAAUCCAAAAGCGCGAAGAACCGGCCACUGAACCUUCUCCUAGUACCAGUGACUUGCUUGGACGAUCUACCACUGCUAUCGAUUGA